AUGGAAAAAAUACAACAACAAACACGGAACUCAAACAGGACAGCAACACACAGAAACAACAAACACGGAACUAAAACAGAACAGCAACACACAGAAACAACAAUUACGGAACUCAAACAGGACAGAAACACAAAGAAACAACAAAUACGGAACUCAAACAGGACAGCAACACACAGAAACAACAAACACGGAACUCAAACAGGACAGCAACACACAGAAACAACAAACACAAAACUCAAACAGGACAGAAACACACAGAAACAACAAACACGGAACUCAAACAGGACAGAAACACACAGAAACAACAAACACGGAACUCAAACAGGACAGCAACACACAGAAACAACAAACACGGAACUCAAACAGGACAGAAACACACAGAAACAACAAUUACGGAACUCAAACAGGACAGAAACACACAGAAACGACAAACACGGAACUCAAACAGGACAGCAACACACAGAAACAACAAACACGGAACUCAAACAGGACAGCAACACACAGAAACAACAAACACGGAACUCAAACAGGACAGAAACACACAGAAACAACAAACACGGAACUCAAACAGGACAGAAACACACAGAAACAACAAACACGGAACUCAAACAGGACAGAAACACACAGAAACAACAAACACGGAACUCAAACAGGACAGCAACACACAGAAACGACAAACACGGAACUCAAACAGAACAGCAACACACAGAAACAACAAACACGGAACUCAAACAGGACAGCAACACACAGAAACGACAAACACGGAACUCAAACAGAACAGCAACACACAGAAACAACAAACACGGAACUCAAACAGGACAGCAACACACAGAAACAACAAACACGGAACUCAAACAUGACAGCAACACACAGAAACGACAAACACGGAACUCAAACAGGUCAGAAACACACAGAAACAACAAACACGGAACUCAAACAGGACAGAAACACACAGAAACAACAAACACGGAACUCAAACAGGACAGCAACACGCAGAAACAACAAUUACGGAACUCAAACAGGUCAGCAACACGCAGAAACAACAAACACGGAACUCAAACAGGACAGCAACACACAGAAACGACAAACACGGAACUCAAACAGAACAGCAACACACAGAAACAACAAACACGGAACUCAAACAGGACAGCAACACACAGAAACGACAAACACGGAACUCAAACAGAACAGCAACACACAGAAACAACAAACACGGAACUCAAACAGGACAGCAACACACAGAAACAACAAACACGGAACUCAAACAUGACAGCAACACACAGAAACGACAAACACGGAACUCAAACAGGUCAGAAACACACAGAAACAACAAACACGGAACUCAAACAGGACAGCAACACACAGAAACAACAAACACGGAACUCAAACAGGACAGCAACACGCAGAAACAACAAUUACGGAACUCAAACAGGUCAGCAACACGCAGAAACAACAAACACGGAACUCAAACAGGACAGCAACACGCAAAAACAACAAACACGGAACUCAAACAGGACAGCAACACACAGAAACAACAAUUACGGAACUCAAACAGGACAGAAACACACAGAAACGACAAACACGGAACUCAAACAGGACAGCAACACACAGAAACAACAAACACGGGACUCAAACAGGACAGCAACACUCAGAAACAACAAACACGGAACUUAA